AUGUCCUUUUUAUCGCAGUCUGUUGCUGGACUAGCUGCAGAUGGCAGGCAAAUUGUUGCAAGAGCAAAAUCUGAAGCAACUAAUUAUGAAAGUGUGUAUGGUGAGCCAAUUCCUGUACAAGAACUUGCGCAACGUGUGGCUAGUUACGUGCACUUGUGCACACUCUAUUGGUGGCUCAGGCCUUUCGGAUGUGGGGUGAUUUUGGGUGGAUACGAUAGAGAUGGGCCUCAGUUGUACAUGGUUGAACCAUCUGGGAUUUCCUACAGGUACUUUGGUGCUGCCAUUGGGAAGGGAAGGCAGGCUGCUAAAACAGAGAUUGAAAAAUUAAAUCUUUCUGAGAUGACUUGCCGACAAGGGGUUAUUGAGGUGGCAAAAAUUAUUUAUGGUGUGCAUGAUGAGGCGAAGGACAAGGCAUUUGAACUGGAAAUGAGUUGGGUUUGUGACGAGUCCAACCGUCAGCAUCAAAAGGUCCCAGAUGAUCUAUUAGAGGAAGCUAAGACAGCCGCUAAAGCUGCACUUGAAGAAAUGGAUGCAGAUUAA